AUGUUUGGAGUCAGCAUCAAUCGCUUCGGCAGUUCAGGCUCCGACCUUUUCGCCAACCAUGCCAUAUCCAACCCGAUAUUCUGCUCAAUGUGGCGAUCAGUUGGGUUCCUGGUAUCGCUCGCCGUUGUCCUCGAGGGAAUGACCUUUGUGGCCUUCGUCGUGAUUCUGGCAGGAGGAAAGCAGAUGAGAGAAACUGGCUGGAAGAUGUUGACGGUGUUUCUGGUCCUGAUUGGUCUUGUACAGGCUGGCGGAAUGGGUCUAGUG